AUGGGGGUUUAUGAAUCAACAUUGAGCUUGUUGCUUGUUUACUUGAUCGGAUUUGUACUAAAUUCGUCUCUUGCUCGUGGUAACGUGUUUCACGUGGGUGAACGCGAUGGUUGGACGCUUUCACCGUCUGAAAGCUAUAGCUAUUGGGCUCAAAGCAAUCGAUUCCAAAUCAAUGAUGAGCUAGUUUUUAAGUACCCUAAGGGAAAUGAUUCUGUUCUAAUUGUGGGGGAAGAUGACUAUAACAAAUGCAACAAAAGAAACCCUAUCCAAACCCUAAAUGAUGGCAACUCAAUAUUCAUGUUCGAUCGAUCUGGUCUCUUCUUCUUCAUCAGUGGCCACAAUCAAAGAUGUGAAAAGGGUCAAAGAAUAAUCAUCCGUGUUCUCGCCAGUCGUAAUAAACCCGCGCUACCCCUCCCCCACUCGCCCUCACCUUCCCUGGUAGCCAAAACCCUAAUCCACGCGCCUUCGUCUCACUCCCCUUCAACCCCAACCGCAACCCCAACCCCAACCCAUUCACCUUGGUCUCACUCCCCUUCAUCCCCAACCACAUCCCAUUCAUCUCCCACCCAGACGUCGCUGUCUCACUCUCCCUCAUCUCUAACCCCAACACACGAGCCAUUUUCUCAAUCUCCUUCACCAUCUCCCCCAACCCCCACCCACGUGCCUUCGUCUCACUCUCCUUCACCUUCUCCCUCAUCCCCUAACCCAACCCACUCGCCCUCAUCUCACUCUCCUUCACCAUCUCCUUCAUCCCCAACCCCAACCCACGCGCCUUCGCCUCACUCUCCUUCAACCCCAACCCCAACACACGCACCAUUGUCUCACUCUCCUUCACCAUCUCCCCCAAAACCAACCCAAGCGUCUUCGUCUCACUCUCCUUCAACCCCAACCCCAACACACGCGCCAUUGUCUCACUCUCCUUCACCAACUCUCCCAAAACCAACCCACGCGCCUUCGCCUCACUCUCCUUCAACCCCAACCCCAACACACGCGCCAUUGUCUCACUCUCCUUCACCAACCCUCCCAAAACCAACCCACGCGCCUUCGCCUCACUCCCCAACCUCGGAAAAUAAUAAACCCACACCACCGCCCUCACCUCCCCAGCCACCGUCACGUUCUCCAACAUCACCGCCUCAUCCUGCCCCCAUUUCUCCCCAAUCAUCACCACCAGAAGCUGAAUCACCAGAGGAUCAUAUCGUGUCAGUGUUCCUGCCGCCCCACCUCGCACCAGCACCGGCUUCUGGAGCUUCAUAUAAUUUGGCAAUGGGAUUGAGUGUUGUGGUUGUCAUAAUUUCUGCAUGGAUCGUUGUUUGA